AUGAAGGGAUACAAAGCUGGUGUCCAAGCCCAACUUUUACGAGAAAACCCAAAAGCUUUUUUUACACCGUGUGGCUGUCAUAAUUUAAAUCUCGUAUUGGCAGAUAUUGCUAGCGUUUCUCCCAAGGCUGUUACAUUUUUUGGUGUUAUUCAACGAUUUUACACAUUCUUAUCAGCUUCUAACUAUAGAUAUGAUAUAACUAAGAAAUAUUUAAAGCUUACACCAAAAACGCUAUCUGAUACUCGAUGGGAAUGCCGCGUAGAAAGUGUAAAAGCUGUACGGUUCCAAAUUAAAGAGUUUGUACAAAUAUUUGAAGAAAUUUUAACCGAACCUAAAGAUCCAAAAGCUGCUAGCGAAGCUACUUCUUUAUUGAAAGAAAUUCAAUCUUUUCCAUUCAUAUUAUCCACUGUUAUAUGGUAUGAAUUACUCGUAAAAGUCAAUAGAGUAAGUAAAAUGCUUCAGCAAAGGGACGUGCAAAUGGAUGUGGCCAUAUCACUCCUUGAUAAUCUGCUAAAAGAGUUAUUAACUUUUAGAGAAGAUGGCUAUCAAGAGUGUGUGAAAACCACAAAAAUUAUUGCAGAGCAAAAUAACGUUAUUCCUCAUUUCCCUCAAAAACGGGUUGCUAGAUCAAAACGACCGUUUGAUUAUGAAAGCGUCGAUGAUCCAAUAAGAAAUGAAGAAGAACAAUUCCGCAUAGAAUAUUUUCUCCUCGUUACCGACCAAGCCAUUGCAUCAUUUAAGGAACGUUUUAAGCUGUACGAAGAUCUCAGGAAUAACUUUGGAUUUCUCUACGAUUUCAGAAAAAUAAAAACAAUAUCUAAAGAAGACUUGAUGAAAAACUGCAUGGACUUCCAUAAUAUUUUACAGGAUGGACAGAAUUCUGAUGUAGAUGGAGCAGAUCUUCUUGAAGAAUUGUUAUCUUUCAUUCAGAUAGUUCCAGAAAACAGUCAAAGUUGCCUUUUAGAUGUACUGAACUACCUAAUUGAAUCAAAACUAAAUCUAGUCUAUCCGAAUAUUUAUAUUGCGAUUAGAAUUUUAUUAACCAUACCAGUAACAAUUGCUUCUGCUGAAAGAAGCUUCUCAAAACUUAAACUAAUAAAAAACUACUUACGUUCAAAUACAUCACAGGAAAGACUGGUGGGACUAGCCAUGAUGUCAAUAGAAAAAGAGAUAUCACAUGAAACCGAUUUUUCUAAUGUGAUUAAUGACUUUGCUUCCGCAAAAGCGAGAAAAGUUAAUUUUUAA